AUGAAGUUGGAUAUGGAAAUCAAUCAGACUAAUGCUCUUACCAAGAUACAUCCCUGUUAUAAAAUAGAUGUUUCUUAUGUACUUGCAAUCAACCCUUCUGCAAUAUGUGCAUUGUUUCAUAUUUUCCUUGGCCUGUUAUCUGCUAUAACUGUAUGUGGAAACCUUCUCGUAAUAAUCGCCAUCAUUUACUUCAAACAGCUCCAAGAUUCUACAAACUUCCUCAUUCUCUCUCUUGCUGUGGCUGACUUACUUGUUGGAGUUUUAGUCUUUCCUCUUACCAUGGAAUUCUCUAUAACCUUUUGUCUGUACGAUGAAGAUAUAUUUUGUAAAGUACGCAGCACCUUUGAUGUAUUACUGUGCACAUGUUCUAUUCUAAACUUGUGUUGCAUUUCAGUUGAUCGAUAUUAUGCCGUGUGUCAGCCUCUGACAUACAGAGCUAAGAUAAAUAAUCACGUUGUUGCAAUCAUGAUCUUGGUUAGCUGGGGGGUUUCUAGUGUAAUUGCAAUCAGCUUCACUGUUAUAGCAAUUUACCAAGAAAAAUGUACUGCAAAAUGUAAAAUUGUUGCUUUAAUGGCAAACAUUUUGGGACUUAUUUUCUCCUUUUACCUCCCUGCAUUCGUAAUGGUGUUCAUCUACCUAAAAAUAUUCCUAGUGGCACAAAGACAAGCACGCCGCAUCCAGAACACAAAGCGUGGGGUCACUGUCAAGAUGGAGACAAAGGCCACCAAAACUCUGGCCAUUGUGAUGGGAUUGUUUUUGAUGGCUUGGCUUCCUUUCUUUCUUUGUACCACCGUUCUAUCUUUUAGUCAUGUUAAUGUGCCGCUUCCCCUGAUUGAAUUACUUAAUUGGUUUGCAUUGUCAAAUUCUACGCUCAAUCCGUUUAUUUAUGCUUUGUUCUACAGCUGGUUCAAAUCAGCGUUCAGAAUCAUCAUUUCAGGAAAGAUAUUUCAAGGUAAUUUUAAGAAUACAAACCUACACUGA